ACUAGUCAGCCGUAGAUCUACUGUUAUGCAGAGAUUGUAAAACAGUUGCAAUAGUGUUCUGUACCUUCCUGGGUGCUGGGCCUGGCUGGGCGGAGUAAAAACUGGGGGCAAUAUAAACGACAGGAUGGACGUGAGCGAACAUGGCUGUGAGCGGUGUGGCUCCCUCACUUGCGAAGCUCGUGUGACGCUGGCUUCCAGUUUCGGAGUGGCCGUGGUCGGAGCGGCCAACGUAGGAAAGUCGGCUAUCUGUGUUCAACUGAAAACACGCAAGUUUAUAUGGGAAUAUGAUUCCUCCGGAGACUAUACUUAUCAAAUUCGUCUACCGCUUGGUGACCACUGCUCACAGCUCACAGUAGUUGACACUACACAUCGGAGUGCUAUGGAGAGCAUUGAUUUCAGUAACAUCCACGGCGUGCUGCUCGUGUUCUCAAUCGAUGACAUGCACUCGUUCUCGCAAAUCGAGGCCAUCAAGACGGAGAUAGAGGAGACCAUAGUGCACAAGAGACCCCGGCCGCUGCGCUAUCUCCUCGUCGGCAACAAGCGAGACGUGUCACACCUGCGCCGCGUCACGGAAAGCCAGGGACAGGAGCUGGCCUCCAGGAUCGGGUGUGAGUACACCGAGGUGUCGGCGCGCACGGAAGGCCAGCGUGUGCACGCGGCAUUUCAGGUGCUCUUGCACAAGAUGCGGGCCGCUAAGAAGCGCCGUGCACAGCGCUACUGGACGUCGGUCGUCGAUCAAGUGGUCAGCAGCAAAGUGCCGGCCACCUCCGCCAGCACCCUACCUUCCAUAGCGUCCUCAACAAGCAUCAACCCUGCACCCAUGAAUACUCUGAUCUUACCGGCACCCAAGUUUUCCUCAAGCAGUUAUGAUAGCCUGCUGAGUCCCACCUCACCACCCACCUCGCCGCCUUCACCGGAAAUCCCCAUGCAGUACACGUAUCAGUUUCCCGACGGUGUGUCCGGACGGUCAUCUGCAACGACGCCCGACGAAGGGCUCAGCCAUCGGCGUAGCCUGAAAAAGUCCAUGAUCAAGCGUGUGUCCAGCCUGCGACUAGCAGCCGGUCGCCAGGCUAAUUCCAGUGCCGCGGCCGGUGGUGGCAAUGCUCCUGCUCGGCACCGGAGAGGUUCCAAGCCCUCCAUUGAAUCGGAGUUUUGAGUUCUAGUGCCUUGUUGUACCUACCUAGCUUGAGCAGUGUUCAACUUUCCUCACCACUUUCCCACGGCAUACUUCGUCUCAUAUCAACUGUGCUACACUGCUGCACUACAUGUAGCAGCGUGGGUAUCGGUGAUAUCGGGCACGCAGUUUACAGUUCAUGUGUUAUUCUGAUUUCUGUCUUGGCCAGCGGUGGUGACAGAGUGCAGAUCGUAGGAUCAUAAACUAAUGCCAGUAUUACCAGUGCAAUACCGGUGCAAUGCCAGCCAGGGCUUACUACCCAUUGUGGCUGUACAUGUCCCAUGACCUUCAUGUACAUGUACUGUGCUCUACUUGUUUGUGGGUAUUGCGCUGGUCUCCGCACCAUCAACGCCCGACGUGACCAUGUUAGAGGAUGACACUUUGUUCACUGCUGCAUCAGAUUUACCAGAAUGGCCCAAUUCUUGUUUUUGGUUUCAACUUUAUGGAAAACAGAUCGAAGCCCCUCUAAAGUAAACACACCAAUGCUUUAGAAAUCUGACUACUUGAAGUACACUGAUUUGUAUACCGGUACUAGUAGGCACUGAAGCAGUAGCAAUGAACAUAUGCAUCCAUACCUUGAUGCAUACCUUGA